GACAGACCAAGCGGUCCUCCUUCUCUUCCUGCUUUAGUCCCCUCUGUCUUACCUCCUGUGUCCACUCCUUAUUUCCCACCUUUAACUCGAUCUGGAUUUGUCCCUUCCCUCCUUCCUUGAGGAUUUAACUUGACCGUUUGGCUCAGCGGUAACUAACUUUUCACAGCUGGCGGCCUGGUGAUGGCGGAGGGCGUGCGUCCUGAGGAUUACUGCGACGAGCCGGUGGAAGAUGAGUUCGGAGAGAUCAUCAAGUGUCGGUCUGAUGAAAGAGAAGACGUUCAGAAGAAGACUUUCACAAAAUGGGUCAACUUGCAGUUGUGUAAGACAGGAAAGCCACCUGUGGAGGACCUGUUCUCAGAUCUGUGUGAUGGACGACGCCUGCUGGAGCUGCUGGAGGGCCUCAUAGGACACGAGCUAGUGAGACUGGAGAAAGGGACUAGCCGUGUUCACUCACUUAACAAUGUCAACCGUGCUCUGCAGAUCUUGCAGAAGAACAAUGUUGAUUUGGUGAAUAUUGGAGCGGCAGACAUCGUUGAUGGGAAUCACAAACUGAUUCUCGGGCUCAUCUGGAGCAUUAUUCUCCACUGGCAGGUAAAGGAUGUGAUGAAGGAUGUGAUGGCGGGCCUACAGCAGACCAACAGUGAGAAGAUUCUGCUGAGCUGGGUUCGUCAGAACACACGGCUGUACCCUCAGGUGAAUGUGGUUAACUUCUCCAGUAGCUGGAAUGAUGGAUUGGCCUUCAACGCCCUCAUCCACAGCCACAGGCCGGAGCUGUUCGAUUGGAGCGCGGUGGAGAAGAAGACGUCGGCGAUCGACAGGCUGGAGCACGCCUUCAGUAAGGCCGAGCAGCACUUGGGCAUCGAGAGGCUCCUGGACCCCGAAGAUGUGGCCGUCUCGCACCCCGACAAGAAGAGCAUCAUCAUGUACGUGACGUCGCUCUUCCGGGUUCUCCCCCAAAUCGUUUCCAUAGAGGCCAUCCAGGAGGUGGAGUCGCUGCCGUCGGCGACCACGGCCGGCGUCUCCCGCGUGACAACGGAGGAACACUAUCAGAUCCAGACUCAGCAGCGCUUCUCUCAGCAGAUCACAGUGAGUGUGGCUCAGGGGCGCGUGCGGAGCCCCUCCCCUCAGCCUCGCUAUAAAAGCUAUGCCUACACCCAGGCUGCAUAUGUCAAGUCACCAGAGCAAAAGAGGAGACGUUUUACUGAGCAGUUCCUGACCCGCAACCAGGAGGAGCUUCAGCGGGGCCUCAGUCCUCUGCCUCCUGGAUCCACCAGCCUGGAGAGCUACCAGGCUUCACUAGAGGAGGUGUUGACGUGGCUGCUGUCGGCAGAGGACGGCCUCCACGGCCAGCCCUCCAUCACCACCCAUGUGGAGGAGGUGAAGGAGCAGUUCCACACGCAUGAGGGCUACAUGGUAGAGCUGACCACCCAUCAGGGCAGCGUGGGACGCGUCCUGCGGGCCGGCGCCGCCCUGCUGGCAGAGGGUAACCUCAGUGAGGACGAGGACUCUGAGGUCAGGGAGCAGAUGAACCUCCUGAACUCCCGCUGGGAACACCUGAGAGUAGCAAGCAUGGAGAGACAGAACAGACUCCAUGAAGUCCUGAUGGAGCUGCAGAACAAGCAGCUGCAGCAGCUCACCGAGUGGCUGGACGUCACAGAGGCUCGCAUCAAGAAGAUCAGCGCUCAGCCGCUCGGUCCCGACCUGGAGGACAUCAAGCACCAAGUGGAGGAGCACAAGCUCCUCCAGGAGGACUUGGAGAUGGAGCAGGUGAGGGUGAAUUCUCUGACCCACAUGGUGGUGGUUGUCGACGAGAACACCGGAGACAGCGUGACUGCCGCCUUGGAGAGCAAACUCCAGGUUCUCGGUGACCGCUGGGCAGCAAUUUGCAGAUGGACAGAAGAGCGCUGGAUUCUGCUUCAGGAGAUUCUGUUAAAAUGGCAGCACUUCACUAACGAACAGUGUUUGUUUGACUCCUGGCUGACUCAAAAGGAGGAGCUGGUUCGCUCCACCAAGACCUCCAACCUCAAAGACCAGGCAGAGAUGGCGGCCUGUUUGCACCGUCUGUCUGCGCUGAAGGGAGAACUAGAGGCCAAGCUUCCCACCAUGGAUAAGCUGUGCUCUAUGAGCCAGGAUCUGUUGUUCAGUGUCAAGAACAAAGAAGUCGCCUCCAAACUGGAGGCCAGAUUGGACAGCUUUGCUCAGCGAUGGGACCGACUGGUCCAAAAUCUGGAGAUGAACAUCUCCCAGCUUUCCUCGGCUGCCGGUGCGACCAAGCAGUCUGAGGCGACCCAGUCGGUCACAGAGACCGUUACCAAGGUGACCACCAGGGAGAAGGUGUCAGCUUGGCGCCACACUCGAGAGUCGCCGCCGCCUCAGAAGAAGAGACCAGUGGUGGUGGAUUCUGAGCUCAGGAAAAGGUUUGACGUGGACUUCACAGAGGUGCACAGCUACAUGACCCGCGGCGAGGCCAUCCUGCAGAGCCCCGAGUUCUCCGUGUCGCGCAAAGACGGCAGCCUUCAGGAGCUGCACGACAAAGUCCAGGCCAUAGACCGAGAGCGGCCAGAGAAGUACAGGAAGCUCCAGGAGGCGACGCGCACGGCACAGACGCUCGUCGAGCAGGAGGGGAGCCGAGCCGACGACAUCGCUCAGGCAGCCGACCAGCUGAACCAGCGCUGGGCGGGAUUCUGCGUCCUACUGGCGGACCGCCUGACAUGGCUGGCCUACCAAACAAAGGUUUUGGCCUUUUACAGCUUGUAUGAGCAAUGUGAGCAGGCAGUGGACAGCAGUGAGAACUGGCUCAAGGUGCAGGCGCCUCCAGCGUCGGAGCCAGAACCUCUCAAAGUGCAACUGGACCGAUGUCGGGAGGAGAUUGCUCGCCUGUCCUCCCUCCAGCCCCAGGUGGACCUCCUGGAAAAGCGUCUGAAGGAGCUGAAAGACGAAAAGGAAGGCGAGGAGGACCCGUCUGCCUUUCUGGAUGCCGACAUCACUGCCUUCAAAGAACACUACCACCAGGUGCUGGAGGAUCUGCGGGCCAGAGAGAGGCAGCUACAGCUGGUUUUGGAAAGCUUGCCCCCAGCUCGAUAUAAGGAGACCAUAUCUGCAUUGUUGGCAUGGUUACAGCAGUGUGAAGCCAAACUUUCCAUCCCAUCAACAGCUGUUACAGAGUAUCCCAUUAUGGAGCAGAGACUCAAGGAUCUUCAGGCUCUCCAGGCGGCCUUGGCUGAACACCAGGGCGAGGUUGACUACCUGACAUCAGCUGUUGAACAGGUCUUUCAGAAAGCUCCACCAGACAUCAGCCAAAAGUAUCGCCUAGAGAUAGACGCCAUAAUGGCCCGCUGGAGACGACUGGGCUCCACUCUGACAGACAGCGUCCAGAGAAUCCAGGAGCUCAUGGCCAAACUGAUGCAGUUUGAGAAUGACGUGAAGACUCUGAAAAAGUGGAUGGCAGAUGUGGAUGUGUUUCUGAAUGAGGAGUGGCCCGCUCUGGGAGACUCUGAGGCUCUGGAGAAACAGUUAGAACAGUGCACAGCUCUGGUGAAUGACAUCCACACCAUCCAACCCAGCGUGAACGGAAUCAACGAAGUGGGUCUGUACCUUAAGAAAGAAGCAGAGCCACCCUUUGCCAUCCACAUCCAGAAAGAACUGGAUGACCUGAACAUGCAGUGGGAGAAUGUAUGCAAACAGGCCUAUGCAAAGAAGUCGGCCUUGAAAGGGGGCCUUGACAAGACCAUGGCGUUGAGGAAAGAGAUGCAGGAAAUGCAAGAAUGGAUAAACCAGGCCGAGGAAGACUAUCUGGAGAGAGACUUCACAUACAAGACACCUGAGGAGCUACGCAAGGCAGUCGAGGAGCUCAAGAGGGCGCAGGAGGAGGUCCACUCCAAGGAGCAAAAGGUCAAACUCCUGACGGACAGCGUCAACAGUUUCAUCGGCAAGGCCCCGCCCACUGCCCACGAUGCAUUGCGCUCGGAGCUGGACAUACUAACAGCCAACUACCAGCGUUUGUGUAGCCGCCUGGAUGGAAAAUGUAAAACUCUAGAGGAGGUGUGGGCAUGCUGGUGCGAGCUGCUGUCCUACCUGGAGCAGGAGAACGCCUUCCUGGACCAGCUAGAGCAGAAACUGGACGACGUGGAAAACCUGCAGGGGGGAGCGGAGAAGCUGCAGGAGGCGCUGGAUAGCCUUGAGGUUCUUCUGCAACACCCAGAGGACAACAGGAACCAGAUCCGAGAACUGGCCCAGACUCUGAUGGACGGAGGGGUUCUGGACGAACUGAUUCAGCAGAAACUGGACGCAUUCAACACCCGAUGGGACGAACUCAUGGCGAGGGCGGCGCUUAGGCGGAAGGAGCUGGAGCAGAGUCUGCAGUGGGCCCAGGAGAACGACAAGACUCUCCGACAAAUCCAGGAGUCUCUGGCGAACACGGACCGCCACCUCACCGCCUACCAGGCCGACCAUAUCGACGCCCAGCAGAUACCGCAGGAGGCACAGAAAAUCCAGACAGAGUUGAAUGGCCAUGAAGUGGCUCUGGCAGACAUGAGGAAGAAGAACCAGGAUAAGGAUCCUUCGCACCGGAUUGUGGGACAGAUAGACCUAACUCAGAAAAUGCUCGGCGACGUCUGGACCAAGUUCCGCCUCUUCCAGAAGCCGGCCAACUUUGACUCCCGCCUGGCCGAGUGCGAGCGCGUGCUGGCCGGGGUCAAAAGCCAGGUGGGGUUGCUGGACAUCCGCAGUGUGGAGCAGGACGUGGUGCAGUCGCAGCUGGACCAGUGCAUGAAACUGUACAAGACCCUGAGCGAAGUGAAGGGGGAGGUGGAGACAGUGAUUAAAACAGGGAGACAGAUCGUCCAGAGGCAACAGACGGAGCAACCCAAAGAGCUGGACGACAGAGUGACCACCCUGAAACUGCUCUACAACCAGCUUGGAUCGCAGGUGACUGAGAGCAAACUGGAGCUGGAGAAGAGUCUGAAGUUGUCCAGGAAGUUGCGUAAGGAGCUGAACGGGCUGACGGAGUGGCUCGCCGCUACCGAUGCCGAGCUUACCAGGCGCUCCGCCGUGGAGGGCAUGCCCGGUGACCUGGAGGCUGAGGUCGCCUGGGCGCAGUCCGUCCACAGUGACAUCGAGAGACAUCAGCCCCAGCUGCAGGCGGUGGUGGACCUUGCAGAGGCCCUGAAGGCGGUGCUGAAGGGCAACGGAGGCUUAGUGGACGACAAAGUCAGCCUGUUGCACUGCAACUGGAUUGCUGUCACAUCCAGAGCAGAGGAAUGGCUCAACUUGCUGCUGGAUUACCAGCAGCAGAUGCAAAAGUUAGACGGAGAGAUUAAGGAAGUGAAUGAAUGGAUUGACGGAGCAGAGAGAAAGAUGGACGAAAUAGACAAUCAGGGUCCCAAUGAUGCUGUGCUGAAGGUGUUGCGUGGUGAGCUGGAGCUGACCAAAGGGAAGAUGGAGGAAGUUAGAGAACUGGCACAGGAGCUCAUGUCCACCAGAGGAGAGAACUGCCAGGCCCAAGUAGGACCCAGAAUGGAGCAGCUCAACCAGAGGUUCGACAUCAUCUCUCAAAGGAUCACCUCUGGUUUGACGGCAGCGUCAGCCAGGGAGCUUGAACAGUACCACAGCGAAGUACGGGUCUGGCUUGAACUGCUGGAGGAGGAAGCCAAACAGGGAGAGAACCUAAAGGAGGAGGACUUCCAAGAGGACAAGAAUUGUGAAGAGGGCGCCGUGCAAGAGUUGCUGUUGAAAGGGGAGAACCUGCAAAAGAGAGCCCCAGAUCGAGACAAGCGAGAGCACAUAAGACAGAAACACAGCCAGCUCAACAACAAAUACAACACUGUAAAGGACCUGCGUAUCCUGAGGAAUAGAAAGGCUCUGGCCAUCGCUCCCCAGUGGUACCAAUACAGAAGGAAAUCCCAUGACCUCAUGGCCUGGCUGGACGACAUCCAGCGCAGCGUGGACCAACUUCCUGACCCACCUGAGGGAGAGCGGGUCAAGGAAAUUGGCUCAGAGUUCGACAAGAAGAAGGAGGAGCUUAAGGAGGUGCAGGGCUUAGCCAAUCAACUCUCACAGGCUGGAGCCGCCAAUCUAGUGGAGCCUCACCAACUCCAGCUCAACACCCGCUGGGUUGAGGUGGAGGGCAAGUUCAUACCCUUCAAAAGACGAUGUGAGUACCUGACAGAGCUCCAGGCGCUGCUGCGUUCGGUGUCAGAGACGGACUUCAAGCUGAACUCUCCUGAAUACUGGCCUGCAGCGUAUUAUAACCUGCCGCAGCAAGAGCACUGCCUGAAGGUCAGCACUGCCGCCGAGAUGCUGCGUAGGAAGGUCUACCAAGUUCAGGAGCUCCAGACGGAGGUGGACAGCCAUGAAGAGCUGUAUCACUCCCUGGAUGAGAAUGGCCAGAGGAUCCUAACCUCUCUGAGGGACCCUGAGGACCGGGUUGUGCUCCAGAGACGUCUGGACAACAUGAGGCAGCGCUGGAACGACCUGCGCAGCAAGACUCUCAGCAUGAGGUCACAGCUGGACUCCGACAUGGCUCCCUGGAAGAGGCUCCACAUGUCACUGCAGGAGCUGCUGAACUGGCUAAGGCUCAAGAGUCAGCAGCUGGAGCAGGAGAAGCCUGUAGGGGGCGACGUUCCCGCCGUGCAGACCCAGCUGGAUACCCACAGAGGGUUCAAAAUGGAGCUCAGAGCCAAGGAUCCGGUGGUGACCAAGGCUCUUGAUGAUGUGGGAUUCUUCCUGUCCGAACUGCCUAGAGAGUCACCAUCACCUGAACUGAGAGACAUCAGCCCGGAGGAGCGUGCUCAGAACGUGGGCCGAGUGUUGCGCAAAGAGGCAGACGAUGUGGUGAGCCGGUGGGACCUGCUCAACGUCGACUCGGCCGACUGGCAGAGGAGGUUGGAGUUGGCCCUGGACAGACUGAUGGAGCUUCAGGAAGCAGAAGACCUGCUGGACAAACAGCUGAAGCAGGCGGAGAUGGUGAAGCAGGGCUGGGAACCUGUAGGGGAACUGCUGAUUGACUCCUUACCUGAGCACAUCAGUAGAGUCAAGGAGUUCCAGGAAGAAAUAGCUCUGAUUAAGGACGAUGUGACACACAUGAACCAUUUGGCAUCCACGUUCGAUCCAUCUGACAUCCAGUUGUCUCCUAGCAACCUGGAACGCAUUGAAGACCUCAACACGCGCUGGAGACUGCUUCAAAUAUCUGUCAAAGAACAUCUGAAGCAGCUGACAGACGCUCACACAGACUUCUGCCUUUCUCAAGGAUCAGUAGAAAGACCGUUCGAGCAGGGCAUCUCUCCAAACAAUGUGCCCUAUUAUAUCAACCACCAGACCCAGACGACAUGCUGGGACCAUCCCAAGAUGACGGAGCUCUACCAGUCUCUGGCCGACCUGAACAACGUUCGGUUCUCGGCCUACCGCACAGCCAUGAAGCUGAGGCGCCUGCAGAAAGCUCUCUGCUUGGACCUGCUGAGCAUGCAGACGGCGUGCGAGGUGUUCGAGCAGCACACCCUGAAGCAGAACGAGCAGCUGCUAGACAUCUCCCAGCUGGUGGCCUGCCUCACCAGCCUGUACCAGCGGCUGGAGCAGAGCCACUCCCACCUGGUCAACAUCCAGCUGAGCGUGGACAUGUGCCUCAACUGGCUGCUCAACGUCUACGACACCGGGCGCACUGGGAAGAUUCGGACUCUGUCGUUCAAAACUGGAAUCAUCUCGCUUUGCAAAGCCCACCUGGAGGAUAAAUACCGAUUUUUGUUCCGACAGGUCGCCAGCGCCACGGGUUUUUGUGACCAGCGCCGUUUGGGCCUCCUCCUCCACGACUCCAUCCAGAUCCCCCGGCAGCUCGGCGAGGUGGCGUCCUUCGGCGGCUCCAACAUCGAGCCCUCGGUCCGCAGCUGCUUCCAGUUUGCCAACAACAAACCUGAGCUGGAGGCCUCCAUGUUCCUGGACUGGAUGCGUCUGGAGCCUCAGUCUAUGGUUUGGCUCCCGGUCCUGCACCGGGUCGCGGCUGCAGAAACCGCCAAGCACCAAGCCAAGUGCAAUAUCUGCAAGGAGUGUCCCAUCAUUGGGUUCAGAUAUCGGAGCCUGAAACAUUUCAACUAUGACAUUUGCCAAAGCUGCUUCUUCUCUGGCCGCGUUGCCAAGGGACACAAGAUGCAAUACCCCAUGGUGGAAUACUGCACUCCGACCACAUCAGGGGAGGAUGUGCGUGAUUUUGCCAAGGUGCUGAAGAACAAAUUCAGGACCAAGCGCUACUUUGCCAAACACCCACGCAUGGGCUACCUGCCCGUCCAGACCAUCCUGGAGGGGGACAACAUGGAAACUCCCGUCACUCUGAUCAACUUCUGGCCUGUAGACCAUGCGCCUGGAUCGUCCCCUCAACUCUCUCACGACGACACACAUUCUCGGAUCGAGCACUACGCCAACCGGUUAGCUGAAAUGGAGAACCGUAAUGGCUCUUAUCUGAAUGACAGUAUCUCACCCAAUGAGAGCAUCGAUGACGAGCACAUGUUGAUCCAGCACUACUGCCAGUCUCUGAACCAAGGCUCUCCUCUCAGUCAGCCCCGCAGCCCCGCCCAGAUCCUCAUCUCCAUGGAAACAGAGGAGAAGGGAGAGCUGGAGAGGGUCCUGGGUGACCUGGAGCAGGAGAACAGGAAGCUGCAGGCCGAGUAUGACCGUUUGAAAAAAGCCCACGACAGGAAAGGUCUGUCCCCUCUGCCUUCGCCGCCCGAGAUGCUCCCGGUGUCGCCGCAGAGCGCUCGAGACGCCGAGCUCAUCGCCGAGGCCAAGCUACUGCGGCAGCACAAAGGUCGCCUGGAGGCCCGCAUGCAGAUACUGGAGGACCACAACAAACAGCUGGAGUCCCAGCUGCACAGGCUGAGGCAGCUUCUGGAGCAGACGGAUUCCAAGGUGAAUGGCACGGCCCUCUCCUCCCCCUCCACCUCCUCCCAGCGCUCCGACUCGUCCCUGCCGCUGCUGCGCGUGGCAGCCAGCCAGACUACUGACACAAUGGGCGAUGAUGAGUUUUCCAGUCCUUCCCAAGAUGCAUCUGGCCUGGAGGAAGUGGUGGAGCAGCUCAACAACACUUUCCCUCACAGCCAGGGUCCCAGCAUCGGCAGCCUGUUCCACAUGGCGGACGAUCUGGGCCGCGUCAUGGAGUCACUGGUCAGCGCCAUGACCGCCGAGCGCAGCGUGGAACUCCUGCGUCCUUUUUGAUCCCCCCUCCAUCGUACCGCAUGCUUUUCUAGUCGAAACAACUGGAUUGGAACCCGUUUACACAGAGAAUAUAAUGUCUAUUUUUGUGAAGGAUUGCAGUUAAAGCAACAAGUACAAAAAAAAAAAAAAAUCUAAGAUUUGAGUAGUUUCUUAAAACAUCCUGUUUUAUUGUUAAAAGGAGCUGGUUUUUAAACUUCUAUGCAAUUGUACAAAACGAGAAGCGGGGUUGAGAAACAGAGACGGCGUCUUCAGUGUCCUCGUAUAUUUGCUAUCUCUUUCUAACUGGGGAAACGAGCUGAAGCAUUUCUCACUAGAUUCUAACGAUUGUAACAAUGAGGGUGUUUUCUAAGAGGCAGUUCUCUUUGUGUGUGUGUGAGUGUGUGGUGCCUAAAACUUCAUAACAGUUUGUUGGUUUUUUUUGGAGGGGAGGGAUGCUACUUUUUAGAAACUGGAUGGAUAUUAAUACCCAAUACAAGCUCUGAUGAUCCUAAUAACAGUAAAGCAAAGUUUAAAAGAAAGAAAGAAAAAGACCUCACACACCAUCAUUGCAUCAAGAAGAGUUACUAGAGGGCACUGUUUAGUUUACUCCCCUCAUCUGAACAAAGGUUGUUUUGGUUUUUUUUUUUACUUUUUACUUGGUAGACAAAUUCAACACGUUGAUUUGCAGCUGAUCACAAAUCUUACAUUUGUAAGAACUACAAAUGCGUCAUUUCCCUAAAAGGUCAGAUUUCUGGCUUGGCUGCAUCAACAUGUUAAAUUCUCCAAAGGUCAAAGUGUUCAAGUGCAGACCAAAUUUUGAUCAGAUGUAUUUUUUCCAUCAUCUCAAGCAGAACAAUGAAUCUGCUCCCAUUUUGCACAGAGACAGAAAAGUCUUCCGCAGUUUAGAAACUUUUAACGGUCAAAGCCUUGAUCCAUGCGGCAGAGGAACAUUUUAACUGUUUGAUUUCCACUACCUGUUAUUAACUUAACCUCAGGUGAAGUUUGGAUGUUAAUUUGACCUCUAAUCAGUUCCACACUCCAAGAUUAGUAAAAAUCAUAAAGAUAUUUCUAAUUGAACACUGGUGGACGCUGAAUGUUCUGUCGAGCCUAAUCUGGUUUUUUGUGUUACAUUUUGUCUUUGGUUCAAAGCAAGUUGGUUUCGUUCUGUGUGAGGAAUUCUGAAAUUAACGUGCGACUAAAAGAAAAAAAAAUUAUUUUUUUCAUCAGAUUCCUGCAGCAUUACCCAGUGAGUUUGAAAUUUUGACCCAAGUUGAUUUCUUUAAUUUUCUAUUUCAAAGAAUGUCAUUUUCACCUAAUUUUUUCAAAUAAUACGUCGGUACUUCACAACAUAUCAUCAAAUGUAUGCCUUACUACUGUACUAUAAAAUGCUUUACUGUAUACCAAUAAAGCAUGCCGUUAUGUUGAC